AUGAGGAUCAAGAUGUUCUUCGAGGAGCACCUGCACGCCGACGAGGAGAUCCGCCUGGUGCUGGAAGGCUCGGGCUACUUCGACGUGCGGGACCGGCACGACCGCUGGGUGCGCGUGCUGGUGGAGCGGGGUGACCUGCGUGUGCUACCGGCCGGUAUCUACCACCGCUUCACCUGCGACGACAAGGUGGGCAUGCUGGUGGAGCGGGUGACCGGCUGGUUGCUGCCGGCCGGCAUCUACCACCGCUUCACCUGCGACGACAAGGUGGGCGUGCUGGUGGAGCGGGGUGACCUGCUGGUGCUGCCUGUCGGCAUCUACCACCGCUUCACCUGCGACGACAAGGUGGGCGUGCUGGUGGAGCGGGGUGACCUGCUGGUGCUGCCUGUCGGCAUCUACCACCGCUUCAGCCCUGCGACGACAAGGAUUACAUCAAAGCGUGCCCGCCUGUUCUGCGGCGUGCCGGUGUGGAAGGCGCACAACCGCAGCCCGGAGACGGAGGCCAUGCCGGAGCGCGGCUCGUACGUGCAGCAGCUGCACGGCACCGCGGCGGCCCUCUCGGCCCGGCCGGCUGACUAA